AUGUCACGAGGUGACACGGUACGGCCGUCAACAUUGCCACUGGACGUUGCUGUCACACUUGAAGGGGCCACAGAAGAGCAAAACAAUUCGAACUUUCAUACACUCCGUGCACCAGUCAAGUUUGAUACUGAUGGUGUGACUCCUCACUGGCCACCCCCGGGAAGACAAGAAGAAACCAACAACCUAGUCAUUGAUGAUGGUCCACAUAUUCAAAUUCACAGAAUUACUUGCAAUCAGGACUUUCCCUCGACGUGGCAACCAGCAAGGCGUAUCAUCACAUUCAUGGGUGUUGUCUCCUUCCUCUGCAUCGCUCUGGUCGUCGUCAUUGUCAUGGUAGCCGUCGCUCUAUCAGGAUCAGUCCAUCCACGUUCCGUCAACUUGAAAACAACAGAACUCAUUUAUCUCAUCCCUCAACCACGUAGAUUCAUUAACAGAACUCCCACAAUAGUGGUCCACAGACAGAAUCCGAAAAUAUGGCAGAGGCACGUGGACGAUUUAUCUUCUUUAAUGCAAGCCUAUAAGGAACAACAGGGGUCCCUUGGCACACACAAUUGCGAUCUGCAUUUGGCGCCCUCCCCAAUAGGCGUUUCGUCUUGCAAUUUCCCUCUGGACAGGAUUAGUGAGAACUGUACCAAAAAGAACAACUUUGGAUACCCAAUUGGAAACCCGUGUGUGGCUCUAGUUUUCAAUGCUUUAUCAGGAUGGGUACCCGUUCCAUACAACGCAUCCAAUCCAUCAGAAAUUCCAGAAGAAGUUAGGCCUAACUUCAAGAAAGACAUUGUUCCAAUCACCUGCAACACUUCCGUAGUGGCUUCUCAAGGAGGUUUAAAAGGAGAUACGAAUAUGUUUAAUGUGCAUUAUUCACCAUUUCCAGGUUUUCCAUACAAAUUUCUGAACCUAAGGGGAAGAGGAACUGGUUUACCCCCUUUAGUUAUAGUUCAGUUCCUUGGACCCCAGAUAAUGGCAGAUGUGGAGGUGAACUGUCAGAUGUGGGCUAAAAAUUUGUCGCCUAACUCUAGCGAAGAAAUAGGCCACGUUAGGUUUAGCCUUUUCAUUGUAUGAAACCACUUUAUUUUAAUAUGAAAUGUCAUAAGAAAAUGCUUUAAUAUGAUUUGGUGUGAGGUUCGGCUGGAACUGAAAAAUGACUUGAAUAGUAUUUUGAAUAGAAUUUUUUUUCAUAUGUAAAAGAUAUAUGUAUAAUGGUCAACAAAUUAAUAUUUGAGCGAGGGAAAAAAGGAAAUAGAAUUUUAUCAUAAAAAAUCUGAAAAAUCUCUUAAAAAAAAGGCAAGGAGAAAAACAUCAAAACCUUUUUGAUUGCCAAAAUAUAUAGUGCGAUGGUGAAAGAUAAUUAUUCGAAACAUAUUUAAAUUUUAUUUGAUAAUCAAAAAAAUCAAUUUGUUGUAAUUUUCAACAACUCUGUGUUCCUCGUUUAAAUAUUAAUUUGCGAUUCCAAAUGUCCAUAUGUGUAUACCACCCUAAUAUAUAUUAAGGGCGGUGUUUACCGAACACUAUGUACAGAUGCACUAUGCAUUCAGAUAAUUUGCUCAAAAAAAGGACCAUCGGAAUAACUUUUGAUCUAAUGAUUGGAUCUUCACGUUCUGGAACUCAAUCUUAAUGAUUUGAGAUGUUGACCUCAAAUAUUUUAAUUAAUUAGUGCUAUGAAGCUAUGAGCCAUGCUUAUUUGAGCUAUGAAAUCAAACGCAAAAAGCGCUUUCUCUAAAUACAUUUUUUUAUAUUGACGGAUUUGGAUUUUCGUUUGAUUAAAUAUGCUUGGCAGUUUGGUAAGUAUGGUCCAAAUUGUUUGGUCAGGAGAGCGCUCUGAAGUUUGGACUCCUUAAUAUAAAUUUUAUUUUUCGCUUAUUCCACCAUAUCUCGAAAAUUUUUCGUCAAAUCGAAUAAAUUUUGCAUACAAUG